AUGGCAGAAGUCGCCAGUGACUCUGACCUGACCGACAUCGAGACGCUCGAGAAAGCGUGGCACCUCCGCUCGCCGUCCUCCCCACCUGCGCCCGUCCCGAGCAACCGCAGCCGCUCGACGGCAGCGAGGGCUGCCUCGACCCGGUCCAGCACGCGUGCGACUUCUCGCGACACGCCCAAUCGCCCGUCCACUCGCGCCAAGCGCGUCUCGCCCUCGCCGACGACCUCAUCAUCCAGCGCGACUUCUCGCCCUCCCUCGUCCGCCACGACGCGUCGAGCCACCGCGCCGCCGUCCACUGCGUCCACCAGCAGCUCGAAGCGCCGUCGCGACAACGAGCGCGACCUGGCGAGCGCGACGACGGACGACGAGGCGGCGCGCGUGCCCGGCGCAGCAGCGGGGCAGUCGGGUCGAGGCGCGAGGGCGCGCAAGCGGGUGCCGAGGCGGCGCAGUGCGACGGUCGUCGAGACUGCAGGCGCCCAGGAGGAGCCGCUCGCCCAGCAUGACGACGCCGCGCCGACCAGCACGCCCGCUCGUCGCCGCACCUCCCGCACCGCCAGCGCCGCCGCCGCGCCAUCGUCGCAGGCAAAGCGGCCUCGCCUGUCGUACGAGCUCCGCAUGCUCCAGGGCGACUCGUUCUCGCACGACCCGGCCGCCCCGGACCUCCUGCGGGCGCCCCGACUCGCCCUGUUCGCCGGCCCGAGCCCGUACGCCGAGCGCGACGAGGUGCAGCGCUCGGCCGAGGCAGCCGCGUCGCAGGCGUCGGUGCGCGAGUCGCCAGAGCUGCUCGGCCCGGCGCCCGUCGUCCAUCCUGUCGAGCGCGCGGCACCGCCGAGCGCGAGCGUCGGCGUCACGCCGCCCAAGCGGCCGCGCUCACCCGUCCUGUCGGUCGCAGCCGAGUCGAGCUCGACGCAGGAGCACGUGCAGGUCGCCAAGAAGCGGCGGCAGAAGGCGUCGGCGCCGUCCGCCGCUGUCGGUGCACUCGGCGCGCCCGCCGUCGCCCUCGAGCGCCCGUUCUCGUCUUCCUCCCUCGCUCCGACCCUUCUCGCGCACCUCGAGGCGCGCUCUGCGUACCAGACGACGGCAUCGACGACCUGUCCCGAGCUGUGGCUCGGGCCUGACGGCGCCGUCGGCGCCGGCGCCCCCGCAGCGCUCCCGGCUCGCCGCGAGUCCAAGCCGCCGCGGCGCUACGCCGCCGAGGGCUACGGCGCUUCGUCGUCGUCGUCGUCGAAGCCUCGAGGUGCGACGAGCGCGUCUCGGGCGUCGUCGAGCUCGCGCGUCCCGAGCCUCAAGCCGACCGGUCACGACUGCUCCGCCAAGUGGCCGGUCGAGAACUUCCUCACGACGACGCCCCUCGUCACGGCCGCCUCGCACCUCGCUCCUGAGCCGGCGCAAUCGCCGGUCCCCAUCGUCCCGAGGGACCCCGAGUUGCGCGCCCAGCCGCAGACCCUCCCUCCUCCCUCCUCCUUCGCCCGCCCAUCCGCCCCGCCUGUCGCAGGCCCCUCGACCGCCCUUUUGCCGCCUCGAGUCGUAUCUUCCAGGGCACCAUGCCCGCCGCCGACCGCCGUCACCGCCGUCACUGCUCGCCCCGCCAAGGCGCCCAAGGCGUCCAAGGCGCCCAAGGCGCCCAAGGCGUCCAAGGCGCCCAAGGCGCCCAAACCUCGACCGCGCCACCCGGCGCUCGACGUGCGCGACUCGUGGGUCCCAGUCGAGCGCGGCCUGAGCAUGACGGCGGCGGGCAAGCCGCCCAUCUGGUGCCAGGGCCGGCAGGAGCUGUGCGAGAGCCUCGAGUACUUCCGGAGCUACCAGGGCGGGCACUACGAUAACCAGGAGCGCUGCCUCGGGUACCUGCUCGACGCCUUUCCCUCGCCAUCGGACGCCUGUUCCUCGGACGGCAAGAUCGUUGUCUCGCAUGGCGGCGGCGGCUCCGAGGUCCUCGCCGGCGGCGGCGCACGCCUCAAGGCCCACCAGACGCGCGAGGGCAUCCGCAUCCGGGCGCUGUCCAACUGCAUGGCCACGCGCACGCCCGUCGUGCUCAUCGCCGGCUCCUCGUACGAGCACUUCCCCAAGCUCAAGACCAUGGGCGAGGACGGCGUCCGGUACGCCGUGCUCGGGCACUACCUCGUCACCGACAUCUGGGCCGAGGGCGAGCCGGUCAAUAAAGCCGAGGAGGACAAGUACUUCGUGCGCUUCAAGGUCCGGUUCGAGUGGCUCGCGUCCCAGGGCGAGCCCUGGUUCGCUCACGUCAUCGGCAAGGACAAGUCGUCACUCGAGGUCAAGCCCGUCAGCCCUGCGCUUCGUGCCCCGUCCUCUUCACCUGAGCUGCACGCUCCCUCCUCUUCCCGCCGCCCUGUCGUCGCACCCGUCCUUCCCCACCUCGCCACGUCAUCGUCGGCUCCUCUCGCCGACCUCGCCAGCGCCUCACGGCCUGCUCCUCGACCGCCGACUGCCUCGAAGACCUCGGCGUCGUCGAACCGCCUCGCAGGCCUGCGCUUCGAGCGCGUCACUCGCCCGUCGAUGCCGCCCGUCGCCCCCGUCGUCGACGCCGGGUCCGACAUGGACAUCUCGAGCGACGACGUCGACAGCUCGCCGCCGUCGCCGCGCUCGUCGAGCAGCGACCACACGGUCGACUCGGGCUUCGUCGACGUGACGACGGGCGCCGACGACGAGUCUGAGCGCGGCACGUGCGGGACGUGCGGCGUCGAGUACAAGCGGGCAUACUGCGAGGACGUCGAGUGCUACAACGAGGCGUGCGACCGGUUCUUCCUCGUCGACGGCAAGAUGCCGAUCGCGGGCACCCUCACCUACCGCUCCUCCUUCCUCGACCUCACGCCCUCGCUCCCCUCCUCCGACCUCGUCCCGCAGCUGCUCGCGCCCCGCACCCUGCAGUCGCUGAGCGGCGCCUCCCAGAUCUCCGACUACGGCGUCCAAGCGUGGCGCGGCUUCGGGUGCUCGACGUGCGGGCGCCUCAGCUCUCGCAGCGAGUGGCUGCGCCUCAUCUGCGCCGGGUGCGGCGCCGAGACGGACGCGACGGCGCGCACGUUCCGCGCCGACGAGUUCGAGGGCAAGGGCAAGGGCAAAGGGCGCGGCCUCGAGGUCGGCGUGCCGAGCUUCAUCACGGCGCCGUACUCGUCGACGCCGAUCGAGGCCGUGCGAGGGUACGCAGGGUACACGGUCGACCUGUCGGCGGCGGCGGCGGGAGGCGGCACGGCAAAGGUCCACCACCUGUGGCCGGUCGAGGCGAGCGCGUGUCAGAAGGGCGACAAGCUGUUCGAGGAGUACCAGGGCGUCGAGGCGGGCGCACUGUUCCGGCGCAACCCGCUGCAGAAGCACCAGGCCACCGGCUCCCUCCUUUGCCAGCAGUUCACGUUCAACUCGGGCGAGCGCUACAAGCACGCCGUCUCGAUGGCGACCUACCCUUUCCCUUCUGCGACGUCGCCACCCCUCACGACGUCCGACAGCACCUCGGCUCAGCCCUGCGCCCCGGUGUGCGCGCUCGAGGCCCGCGACUACCUCGAGACGGUCGUGCGCUCGGUCGUCGGCGACGGCCCCGAGACCAACUUCAACGAGAUCCUCUCGGUCGCGUACAUGACUGGCGGCAGAAUGAACUACCACGACGACGGCGAGGCCGGCCUCGGCCAGUACGUCGCGUCGCUCUCGCUCGGCUCGGACGCCGUCAUGUCGUUCCGCGCCAAGGUCAAGAAGCCGCUCAAGAAGGCCGCCAAGCUGGGCAAGCAGGACCACGUCGAUACCGACGACGAGGGCGACGACGAGGGUGACGAUGGCUCGUCCAAGAAGGGCUCGGGCAACACGUCGCGCGUCGUGCUCAAGGCGAGGCUCAAGCACGGACACGUGCUCAUCAUGGAGGGCGCCAACAUGCAGAAGCUGUUCGAGCACAAGGUCGAGCCCGAGGGCCUGCGCUUCGCUGCUACCGCACGUUGGGUCGGCCCGAAUCACCUGAAGCCGUCCGCCAAGACGUCGUCGGCCAAACCUCCUCGUCCUUCUUCGCACGCAUCGACAUCUUCGAGCCGUCCUGCCGACCCGAACGUUCAGCCCCCGACAGCGCCGGGCGCUCGCCCUCCUUCUGCCGCCUCUUCGGCGCUCGAGCGAGGCGCAUCGGCCAUGCCGCAUGCCGCCGCUCGGCCUGCGCACGGCCCGCCAACGGUCGACGGCGCCUCCUUCGUGCCCUCACCGCCGGCUCGUCCCGACUCGGCGUCCUCCUCCUCCACCUCCUUCGCCCGUCACCCCGACGCCGACAUCGCCGCGCGCCUCGGCAUCGCGCCGCACGACAAGCGCGUGCGGGACACGGCGCGCGCGCACCCACGUGGCUCCGCCGACCCGCAGCCGCAAUUCCUCCAUCGGUACGGGCCGUCACCGGCACACGGUACGCCUCUCGGUCCACCGACGGUGCCGCCCGACGAGCGCUCGUCGAGCUCGACCGGCGGUGGGCUCGUGCCGCAGUGCCAGGUCGCGCUGUAG